UUAUCUCCACGUUAUCAUGCCGCCUAAACCCAGUGGUAAAGCCGUCAAGAAGUCUGGCAAAGCCCAGAAAAACAUCACCAAGAGUGACAAGAAAGGGCGCAAGAAGAAGCGUAAGGAAAGUUACGCCAUCUACAUCUACAAGGUCUUGAAGCAGGUCCACCCUGACACUGGAGUCUCCAGCAAGGCCAUGAGCAUCAUGAACAGCUUCGUCAACGACAUCUUCGAGCGGAUCGCCGCUGAAGCUUCAAGACUUGCGCACUACAACAAGCGUUCCACCAUCACCUCCCGGGAAAUUCAAACUGCAGUCCGUCUUCUGCUUCCUGGUGAAUUGGCAAAACACGCCGUCAGUGAAGGAACCAAAGCUGUCACUAAAUACACUAGCUCCAAAUAAAUUG